ACCAUCCUCAAAGAUUCUACUAUAUAUACCCCUUCACUUCAGGAUGUCAACUUACCUCUCAAAGCUACAAACUUUGAAGAUCACACACAGACACAGUUGUUCAACCCUGACACAUGGAACCCAACCUCACAAUGAAGUUUCGCAGAAAUGAAAACCUUCCAACCAAUGGCAAACAUUUGCCAGAGAGCCCUCGAGUACCAAUGGAGUUUCUGUCUAGAUCAUGGAGUGCUUCUUCUCUUGAGGUCUCUAAAGCCCUUACACCUCCUUCUUCAAUUUCAGACAUACCUUCCAAGCCUCCUAAUGCACCCUCUUCUGUCAGUGUCACUAACUCCAUUUCCGAACAAGCUUCAGAGGAAUUCUCAACCAUGUGUGGCAACCAGUUCUCUUUUGCUUCCUCUGCCACCUCACAGCUUGUCCUUGACCGCAUUAUGUCACAGUCCGCUAGAGAGGAAGUGUCUCCAUUAACGUCAGGUAGACUGUCUCAUAGCAGUGAACCUUUGAACGGUGGUGCUUCUUUAACCGGAACGGAUAGUCCACCAAUCUCUCCUUCUGCCGAGUUUGACGAUGUUGUCAAGUUUUUUCGGGCAAACAAUUCCAUUCACCCCUUAUUCAAUGUUGGACGAGCCAUGAGUGGUGCUACUACAGGCAAUGCCACUCCUUCCUCCGGACCUAAAACAGUUGGAAGAUGGUUGAAAGACAGAAGAGAAAAGAAGAAAGAAGAACACAGAGCCCACAAUGCUCAACUGCAUGCUGCAAUUUCUGUUGCUGCGGUGGCAGCUGCAGUUGCAGCCGUCACCGCGGCAACAGCAGCCUCAUCUGCAGCUAACAAGGAUGAGAAGAUGGCCAUGGCUGUGGCUUCUGCGGCCACGUUAGUUGCUGCUCAGUGUGUUGAGGCUGCUGAAGCAAUGGGAGCUGAGAGAGAUCACCUUGCUUCUGUGGUUAGCUCUGCUGUCAAUGUCCGUUCUCAUGAUGAUAUCACAACACUUACAGCUGCAGCUGCCACAGCUUUACGAGGGGCUGCAACCUUGAAAGCAAGAGCAUUGAAGGAGGUGUGGAAUAUUACUGCAGUGACCCCAAUUGAGAGAGGCAUAGGGAUUGGAAUAUGUGGUAAAGGCAAUAACAGUAAUUCUAGCACCAGUGAUAGUGGAGAGAUUAUCAAUGGUGAAAAUUUUUUGGGUGCCUGCAGCCAAGAGUUCCUAGCUAGGGGCACUGCAUUACUCAAACGGACACGUAAAGGUGAUCUUCACUGGAAAAUAGUUUCAGUCUAUAUACAUCGAACAGGCCAGGUGAUGCUGAAAAUGAAGAGCAGACAUGUUGCAGGAACCAUUACCAAAAAGAAAAAGAAUGUUGUGUUAGAUGUGUGCACAAAUUUACCAGCGUGGCCAGGAAGGCAUCUGUUUGAUGACAGUGAAGAAAGAAGGUAUUUUGGAUUGAAGACAGAAGCAAGGGGGAUUGUGGAGUUCGAAUGUAGAAAUCAAAGAGAAUAUGAUACUUGGACUCACGGGGUUUCUAGACUUCUUUCCAUUGUUGCACGCAGACAAAACAUAAAUGGGGUUUGAGAUGCACACCUAAUACUCAUUGCCAAGAUAGUCUCUUGCUACUGCUUGAUUAUUUAAACUAUGUAUUUAGCUGUAUUCCAUUUUUAUUCAGACACUAAUGGAUUUUGUAACUAAAUAAUGAACACACUAUAUUUUUCUCCCUUAUGUGGCUAAAUUUCAGUACGCUA